AUGACUGUUCUAAGGAAAUCUUCUUUUGAAACAUUACCCGUCGAGAUUGUUCAUCGAAUCUUCGAUUAUCUUCCUACUGAGACAAUUGUUUCUUCAAUUCGGUAUGUAUGCAAACGAUUUUAUUCCAUUAUUAGUGGAUACAAUAAUUAUGAGGUAGACUUUCGUUACAUGUCAAGAUCGGAUUUAUGCUCCAUGGCACGUAUUAUUGAUCCUAAAAAUAUCAUUUCAGUUACACUUUCAGAUGAAAUACAAACACCUGGUCAAAUUCGAUUAUUUCUUACCCAUUUUCAAAUUGAUCAAUUCAUUCGACUACGUUCAUUGACUCUUGUUAAAGCUAAUGCAACAAUGCCCUAUGUAUUUCCCAAUGUGACAGAACUUAAAAUAGUAAUUAAUGAAAAAUGGUCUGCAAGCUUGGGUAAACAUCUAUAUAAAAUUGUUACUCUAUGGAAUCUUGGAACAUUAUGGUUGGAUUUUCAAUGCGAAUGUAUGUCUACUGUAAAUCUAUCUGUCGAAAUGAAUACUCUACUGAAACUAGCAUCGAAUAUUCGUUCACUUCGAAUAAGCUGUAACAAAUCUGAGAGAAUGAAGAUGGUAACUUUUAAUGCUAUCUGUUUAACAUUACCUCAUCAUAUUAAACGUCUAGAUGCGGAUAUUAUGCAUGUGGCCGAUGCAAAAACGCUAUUGGAGCAAGCUCAACAUUUAAAAAGUGUCACAUUUCGAACAAUUGAUCCAUGGUAUUUUGCUCAUGAAAUUGAUUUAUGGCUCUGGCAGAUGAAAAGAAACACUGUUGUCUAUCAAGUAGAUGCGAUCAGAUUGAGACGUUAUGACGAUUUUGAGUCGAACAAUGCGAUCCAUUUGUGGCUUGGAAAGGACGUCAAUCAACAAUCCAGUAGUUCGCAUAGUCACAAACGUAUCAAGCUGUGCUAA